GGGUUGCUAGUGCGGAAAAAUUUGAGCUGGCAACUCCCUUUUCCACAAGUGUCGCCUGGCGUGAACACGCGGAAUUUGUUUCGUGGAUUUUUCAAUUCUUAAAUAAGCUGCCAGCAUGACGAAGAAGCGCCGUAAUGGAGGACGCAACAAGCACAACCGUGGCCAUGUGAAGCCCGUGCGUUGCACCAACUGCGCCCGCUGUGUGCCUAAGGACAAGGCCAUCAAGAAGUUUGUGAUCCGCAACAUUGUGGAGGCUGCCGCUGUGCGUGACAUCAGCGAGGCCAGCAUCUGGGACACCUAUGUGCUGCCCAAACUCUACGCCAAACUCCACUACUGCGUGUCGUGCGCAAUCCACUCCAAGGUGGUGCGCAAUCGUUCGCGCGAGGCUCGCCGCAUCCGCACACCGCCAGUGCGCUCUUUCCCUAAGGACAUGGCACGCAACAACAACCAGAAUAGGAAGUAAAUUCGUCGUUUAAAAAUACGGACUGCUUAUAACAAGAACUUUUUUGUAAACCUAAGUACGUUUAAAUGGAUAAAUGUUGCCGAUGCUCGUGAAGCAAAAAAUAUAAGCAUUCAGUUUUUUAAACAUAAACCAA